GCUCAAGCAGGAGGCGGUUGUGUUCGAGUGAAAAGAUGAAAAUUGCUUUAUGAUGUCGGUCCGCAGAGCAAGGAGAAGUGGACAAUCACCUCUUUACAGCUCCUGUGUAUGUAGUAUGUCUGUGUGAAUGAAGCGGUGCGUUCCUUUUUGAGCUACAAAACUUAUCGUGCAAAACAAGAAAGAAUCGGUAAAGGCCAUGUGAUGGCUGAAACUGAAAGAAAUCGGUUUCGUGCAAAAUUUUAAUUUUUGACAUCGCAACUCCUUCGGUCGCUGCAUUAACAACGCAGCUGUUGCAGAUUCGUUCACAUUCGCCUGUUGCGUGCAAAAAAAAAACCUUCUGGCUGUGUCAUGCCUGCUUUUUCUAGGUCGUAGGUGGACUUUUUCGUUCGAAAAAAAAUAUUUUAGGCCACCUCUAUGCUUUUUCUCUUUCUCAACUCCAGGCUAGCGGCCCCCAAGCACGAAAAAAUAAUACCACUUUGUUCGAGUAAAAGUUAUUCACUACCCGAUUCUUACAGAACUCGUACUCGUUGGAUCCCAACAUACGAAAACAGAAUGUUGUACUUGUUAUACGAUCAUCAUGUUUUCUACGAGGACCCUCCUUCCGUGGAAAAUCAAAUAAAUCCACCGGCGAUCGCUCCUCAAAUAGCGUAGUACCAAGACAAGCAGAUAGCUUCAUCUAUGGGUAAGCAAAUCGCCCCUCCGGGGGCGGAGGAACAGGAGGGACAGCACGGACAGGCAGUGCCUUUCCACGCCCAGGGCGAACCUGAUGAAACCAAUGCCGCACAACGACCUGAGCAGGAGCCGACAGGAAUAGCAGAAAAUGUUGAUGAUGGCCAACACCAUCAACAGAAAAAACACAGUACCAGAAGUCCAUUAUUGUCAGAGGACCCUUUGAACCAUAAGACGAAAAGCGCCAGCCUGGAUCGCGAUGGGCUGUUGGAGCAGGAUGGGCACCACAUGGUAUCAAAUGUAAAAAUGUCUGGGUCUGGAAGGAUGCGAACUUGUGAUGCGCAUUUCACAACACAGACAAAUCUCUCAUGCAUGGAGAGCAAAAGGCGCCCACUUCUUGUCACCAAAAUGGAGAAUUUGUCAUGCGGAUUGAGCAAUGCGGAAGCUUCCCGAAAUCUGUGAUGCUAGGGCUUCUAUGACAGACAUUUUGUGUCAUGCAAAAACAACAUGACAAAAAUCUGCAUUCUUCCAGACCCAGACAUUUUUGCAUUUGAUACCUGGUUGACCACAACAACCGCGACGACGAGCAGAUGGUCCUGCAGGUCAAAAGCAGUAGUGCUACUGUUGCUCAGAAUGUGAAAGUAGGGGAGGGGGAGAACUCAGCUGAUCAUGGGAUAAUUACAACUGGGAAAGCCAGCACAAGCACCAAGACUGAUCCAGUGCCUGCCAGAGCCAGUUCCCCCUCCCCGAGUUCUGCCCAUGACCAGUUGCACAUGAGUUUCACGACCAAGGAAUCUGAUUCGGGGCAGGAAAAUGAAAAAGUCGCAGAACAACUUCAAGAGCACGAGGAAAGCCCGGAGGGCGCGGAAAGAAUCAUUCCCUCGAAUCAGGUUGAUGAAGAAGAAAUCCAAAACAGCGACAAUGCGGCUGGUGUAACACCGGUAUCGCUGAGCAGUGGUGAGCUAGAUGAAUUGGACAGACUCACGAAAAAGGCCUCAAGUCUCUCCCCCGUUCCUCCGCUGAAGUUCGAGAUUAUUUCGCAUGCGAAACAGGAUAUCGAAGAAGAAAUUCAAAUGGAAAAACAGAUGGGCAUGAUGCACAACUCGCAAAACAAAACUAAAACAAGCAACUUACAGCAGUUGGAGAAGGGAUUGGACUUCGUGAAAAAGGAGAUAUCUCCCAGCAACAGCCCGCGGAGUGAAGACUCUGCCAGCUCCAAAGCCUCUUCCAACCGGUCCGCUGGUCGCCAGGGAUGGAGCAACGCGCUGUCACUUCUGAAGGAGAAAAAUGCCAUCGCGCGGGGCGAGAAGCCGAACUUCAUUUCGGUGGUGAAAGCGGCUAUUCGGAACAAAAAAAGCAUCCAGAUAGACAACGAGCAGGCGAAAAAGAUGGCGGAGCUGAAACGAGCCACCGCAGCAAUCGCAGUAGAAGCGGAACAAAGCGCAAAAAAGAGCGCAGGAGCUGCUGAUAAACGUGAACAAUAUUUAGACCCGCGUUUCACGGCUAUGUCUCGAGGUAGCAUGUUGCCGGAUCCUAGGGAAACCGCACAACAAAUCCGACAGAAGAGUGGAGAUCUUCCGGGUGCUGGUUAUGAUCCACGAAUGUCGGUUCUCUCUCGGGGCACCGUGUUGGUGGGAAAAAGCCCGCGGAACACGGCCAUGGGGCCCGUCCGCGGCGAGGCGUCGGCGUCGCAGAGGAUUUCGGAUGGCAGCAGAGGCACUGCUGGUUCCGAGGCAGAUGGCAACAACCGUGCUAUUCCCAUGCCGGAAUUCACGCUCGAUGCGGAAACGUCAAAAUCACCAGCGCCAAGGCAAUCCGCAGCGACCUCGACGGAAAUAAAUGCAAAUAAUCACCCGCUUCCCGCGGUGCCGGCUGGUUCGAAGAAGAAGCUCAGUGUGGCGUCGAGUAGUGCUGCGUUGCGAGGCUCUAGUGUUCCGGUGACAUCAGCAGGGACAAAUAAGGCUUCGACCAACAAGGAGAAUAAAGCUGCAACCAAAGGUUCCGCUUCUGAACAACGAGCGGCGUCUACUUCUUCCACCACGACCAAAGGCAAAGCUUCUGUGAACAAAAAAUCCACCGCCAGCAAUGCUUCUCUCGUUGCAGAGUCCUCAGAAAAACGUAGCAGCUCCUUUCCGAAGGCGAAAGUCAGGCUGUACCGGAGCAAAAAGGAGCAAAGCAGUGCCGAGUUGGGAGAAGGAGGAGGGGAGCAACAAAGCAAGGAACAGCGAAAAGCCGACAUUGUUGCGGCCGCCGCUGCGGGUGCAGCCUCUUCUUCGGUCUUCAACUCGAACCAGGAACAACCGAGCGCCGCAGGAGCAUCAGGAGCAGCAUCUUCUUCUCUCUCCCCCCGAAACAAGAAACAAACCGACCAAAACUGCGCGUCGGCCGUCCUUACGAAUUGUUGGGCGGGGAUCAAUCUCGCCUUUGCGACUAUCGGGUGCGGGUUCAGUAAGACGGAGGAAAAAAAGGAUUUCAAGCCGAAGCAAAGGAAGCUGAAAAACAGCAGAGAAGCGUCGCCGAGGACGCAGUCAACCUCGCCCCGAGGUGGAAAUCUAAAUCUUCGAAACGACGGCACCAAUAUGCAGAGCGUCCAGAAAGAAAGUCGGUCGACAGGUGGGACCUCAAAUGCAGGGUCUAGUACCGGGCGGCCCUCUAACGUUUUCGCGAGCCUUCUCGCGAGCGACGAAAUUCAGGAUCGGAUUAGUAAUUUCCGCGCCGCUUUGCAAGAAUUAGACAACGGCUUCCGGGGCUCGAUUAAACGCGAUAUGGACGAUUUGGUGACCAACCGGCUGAUAUCAAGUGCAAAUAUGCCUGGGUCUGGAGACAUGCAACUUGUCAUGCUACCUUUGGAUUCCAAAAAAAAUUGUAUUGCGAGCAGCAAAGGGAAUGUAAUUUUUGCCUUCGUGGAGAGGGCAUUUGUCAUGCGGAACAGGCAUCAAGAAGCCCUCAAAAAAUCUGUGAUGCUAGGGCAUGCAUCACAGACAUCAUGGCUAGUGCAAAACGUGCGUGACAGCUUUCAGAAUCUCCCAGACCCAGACAUAUUUGCAAUUGAUAGCUGACGAAGUUCUGGGGCUCGGCCGACACGGACACCGCACGGCGAUCGCGGUUAGUGUAUCGGGAUGAGGAGGGAAAGCGGGACAAACACAAAGAGCAGGAAGCCGCGAGUCGGAGGCAGCAGCAGCGGGCAAUUCGGAACAAAGACACUUCCCCCAGAAACCACGAGGGGAAACGGGUUACCCGCUUAUACUACCGGAAGUCGGAGAUGGAACACGAGAAGAAAAUCGAGGAAAUCAUGCAGAAGAACAAGCAAAAAAAGGCGAGAAGGAAGAAAAUCGAGCACCUGAUCAAUAUCGGGGUUUUGGACAAAGACGCACCGGAAGCGCAAAUCAGCGACGACUCGAACAUGGAAGAAAGCCUUGCGAAAGGCGAAACCGCCGAAGUGGAUGGCCCUUUGAGCGCGCGUUCGGACAAUAAGAAGGAUUUCAGUUCGAGGUUCGCGUCCGACAGCUCUUUGCUUUCCCAAUUUAGCAACAUCAGCUUUUUAACCGCGAGUCUGAAAUCCCACCAAUCUUCCGAAGAGCUUACGGAGGAACAGAUAUCAAAUGUAAAAAUGUCUGGGUCUGGAAGAUUGCCAGGUUUGUCAUGCACAUUUUGCAUGACUCCUGAUACCUGUGACGCAUGCGCAUGCCCUGGCAUCACAGAUUUUGUGAGGGCUUCCUGAUGCCUAUACCGCAUGACAAAUGCUCUUUCCAUGUAGCAAAACUUGGACUCUCUUUGCUGCUCAUGCAAUACAGAUUUUUUUUGAGUCCAAAAUUAGCAUGACAAGUUGGAUUCAGACCCAGACAUUUUUACAGUUGAUAGCAGAAGGAAGCGAACAAAAAUCCGAUGGGCGGGGUGGGCUUCCACGGGUUCAAGUUUCGGAAAAGGAAGUACAAGACCAAAGCGCCACCGCAGGCGGUGAUUGAGCGGGAGAAAAUGAAAGGGAACAUUAUCGCAGAAAUUGAAGCAGAAAAGUUGAAAGAAACGGCUUUGGUCAAGCAGUUCUCGAAAGAACAAACCCCGUCUACUGCGAAGCUGAACAAACAGUUAACGGAGAGUGACAAUUUAAUGUUCGAAGGGAGGUACGGCGCCGACGGGCGGAAGCAGUUCUUCCAUUCCGUGACGACGGCGUUUCACGAUGGGAAAAUGAUGAACUUUAAGCCAGAAGAUACGGAAGGAAAUGAGAACGACGAGCAGGGCGGUACUAAAAACAGUGUUGAAGAAGCUGUAAAUACUUCUAAGGCCAGCAAGGCCUCUACUAUCCCGCCUCUGGAUCUGUCCUCCCACGGUAGAAAAUCCACCCCCGUUCAAGCGCCCGGGAAAGGGGGCCGAAGCAGCAGCGCGCCGCAAAACCCUGGAGUUGUUGUAGGGACACAGCCGCAGCCGAAAAAGAAACCGAGUCAAGCGCCAGCCCCUGUGACGAGAAAGACGAAUUCCCAAGGGAAAGAAAUGGUGCGGUUAUUCCCACGGAAAUCGAAGGAGGCAGAAGUCCUACUCGAGGAGAAGGAACCUUCGCCGAGCCCUCCCUCGCCCAGAAACGUGGAUUUACAGAAAGCCGAUCCCUUGUUGCGCAUGAAGGACGAAAUUGCGACGAAAACUAUGCAAGAAGAUGUGGACAUGGCUAAAAAGAAAUCCUCGGAGGUGUUUCACGACAAAAAACUGGAAAGCAAAGGAGCUGAAUACAACAAACGGCUUGAUGACAGAGAGAAAAAUAUGACUUCAGAAGGAGUUAUCGCAGGAGAGAAUAAGAAUCGCAGAAAAGCGGUUCAACUCGUCGAAGACAAAAAACAGAAGCGCGGUGCGGUGAACCAGGGUGACGAGCGGUUGGCGAUUCUUCGCCACCCAGAAGUCCGGGAGAGGCUGACGAACUGCUGGAUCGCGAUAGACGAGGUCGCGCGGGACUUUGGGUGCGGAAUUUCGAGAAGGGAAGAAGUCAACGAAGAUUUCUUACCCGUGAAGCGUGUGCGGCACAAAGAACACGCGAAGGAGGGCGCGGGGGAUCACUUGCUGAAGGGGUUGAAGAACCGGAAUGAAGAAUCGUUGCUCGAAGAUCUGGACAGAGGGUUAGAAAAUGUGAAUAAGCAAGUGUUAGGUGAAAUGGACGACGACCUCACCGCGGUGGUGCACACGAUUUGGCACCGCGCGGACCCGGAUACGCAUAGAAGAACGCGACUCCGCUAUCGCGAUGCGGAAACGGGAGAGAUUGAUGAGAAGCAGCAAGCAGCGGCGUUGUCUAGGCGAAUGCAGAAAAACACUUUGCGGAACAAAACUCCAAACUCCCCCCGGGAGCGCCUGGAAAAGGAUUUGAAUACCAGGAAAUUAGAUCUACGGAAGAAAAAGGACCGGGGGGACCGGAUUCAAGAAUACGUGGGGGACGAUGUGAAGGUGAAACGAUUAUCCAGGUUGUUCUACUCCCCGGAAGAGAUGCAGCGGGAUAGGGAAAUCGGGGAGGAAAAAGCGAGACUCGCGAAAGAGGAGCACGAGAAGACCAGAAAGGCGAAAGAGGUCGAGGAGUUGAUGGCUUUAACAAAGUGCACAUUCGAAGCGGCCGAAGCGAUGUGGGAAAAGCAGGAAGAGGAAAGGAUGUUGAAAAAGAAACAGGCUGCCGCUGCAGCUGCUGCUGCAGGUUCUUCAUCGCUGGACAAAAAUGGUCAUCAUGCAAGUUUGACAUCUUCAGUACUAGUUUCUGGGGAGGAGGAAGACGCGCUUUCCGACCUCGCUCUGUCAGGAAACGAAGGGCCGCCCGGAGCUGCUGCAGGAGCUUCCUCUGCUGCAAAAAAGGAGAAGCAAGCCGCGGGCGCGCCUGGGGUUGUGUACAAGCACCGGUACCACAAGACGCACGCCCCGCCGGCGGAUGUGAUGGCGAAAUUGCUGAAAAAGGGGAACAUCAUUGCCGGUGCCACGGCAGAUGGGGGCUUUGAGGUGAGGAGUAUGGAGGAUUUGAAGGUUUUGAAGGAGCAGGAGAGGCAGAAAAAGGAAGCAGGGAAGACGAACCUGCAAGGGACAGCGACAUCAGCGACUUCAAAAGCAAAUACAACUCAGAAUGCUCCUUCUGCUGCAGAACAACAGCAGCAGGAAAAAAGGUCCACCUCGAAGGAGGGCAAAGUGCGUUUAUUCUCCCGCGGAAGUAAGAAGAGCGAGGAAACAGCAGGAGAGCAGCACGAAGAUGAACAAAAGCCGAAAAACGACAACGAUUCCCCUGCGAAACGCGCUUCCAAAGGUGCUAAGCCCGACAAGCCGGCCGCGCCCGAAACGCGAAAUAGUAAAUCAAGUGAAAAAGUCAGGCUCUACGCUAGAGGGAGUUCGAAGAAAGAAGAGGCAAAUCCAAAUGCUGGUGGUGAACAACAGCAUGAGGAGCACAAGAAACACCACCACAAGUCCCACUUUGGCAGGUCCUUUACGGUGGAGGAAGUCGGGACCAAAGAGGCCGCUGCCGCGGCGGCUGCACAACAAGAAGCUCCUGAUGCAAAAGCAGCUUCCACGACUACUGGUGCAAACUACAAAACCACUUCAACUUCCGGGACUACGACUACAAAGACAGCCUCUAGUACAACUACCGCAACACCUUCGAACAACACUUCCUUCGUCCAACAGGUCGCCCAGUCCGAGGAAAUCUCCGAGCGGAUUACGAACUUCGCCUCCGCGUGGCACGAGUUGGUUUCCGAUUUUAGUCGCGGGCUGAACACGGAUCUGCCCGCCAUCAAGGAGUCUUUACGGAACUCUCUUGUUAAAGUGCGGGACGAGGAUGAGGAGGAGGCGAAACGCAAAAAGCGGUCGGGGAGCAAAGAGGGGUUGGUCCGACUGCACCCGCGGAAAAGUUCCAAGGGGGAAGAGGAAAAGGGAAAAAAAGAACAAGAAGCUGCAGUUGCAGCGGCUUCCAGUACUGCAGUUCUAGCUGAACAACAACAAACCACUGCAGCACUCCCCUCGAACAACAACCGGGCUCUUUCGAAAGAAUCGCUGAAGUCCGCCGCCUCGUCUUACCGAAGCCCGAACCGGGGGGACGAGGUUUGGGAGCGGUACGACAACUUCCGCUUUUCUCUUAAGGAAUUAGUUUCUGACUUCAAGCGCGGAUUGAAUAAUGACUGGACGAGCUUGACCACUGCGGCGAAAAACAAGCCGAAGGACGAGGGAAAGAAGCGUGACAGCAAGGAGGGGCUGGUGAGGUUACAUCCGCGGAAGAGCAAAGCAGAGGAAGGCGCUGGAGAACAAGCAGAGGCCGGAGGUGCAGCAGCUUCCGCUGCGGGGGAGAAAAAGGACACCGCCGUUGGCCCAGAUACUGCUGCAGCAAAAGAGCAGACUCCUGCCGGCCCUGCGCCCUCCUGUCUUGGCCAGCUCGCGGCGGUACUAGGUUGCGGUAGCAAACCACCGAAAAAGAAAACCUCGUCCAAAGAGAAGGAAGAUACAGCCCCUGGUGCUCCUGCCGCAAGCACAAAAAACAAGGACGGAGGUCUUGAACAAACCCCGCUCACUCAGGAAGAGAUCGCGAGGCAGAUCGACCCGGAGAUCAUCACGUCUGACGUUCCUUCUGAGGAUUUAGAGAAAGAAAAAUCGAUUCACGACAGGCCCAGAACUUCUUCGAAAGCGCGAGCCUCUGCUGCAGGUACCACGGCGCCGGGGACGACAGCUACUGUAACCACAACUGCUCCUGCUGCGAAGGGCAAAGCGAAAGCGAAACCAAAAGCAUCUCCAGAACACCAACAACAAACACGAGGACAAAGCGAGGCUUCUGUGGUCUCUGUCAAGGAGCGCGACCACUCUACCAGGACAACAGUGCAUGCUCUUCCUGGUGAUCAGGAUCAUAAAGAAGCAGCUCUUUCUCGUGCGAGUAGCAAGUCCGACCGGGGGGAUAAGACACAGCAGAAUCUUUCGGUAGUUUCGGUGGAGCGGCUCAGUACCGGUAGUACCGCUAGCAAAGGCAAAGACACUGGCGGCAAGCAUCAAGAUGAGCGCAAGACGGACAUGAGCAAAGUUUCUCAGUCGGAAAUGGACAACUUGAAAGCCGCUAUCAACGACUUGUUGCAGAUUCCCCUCCCCGGAGGUCAAACUGCAACCGCCGGAGGGCUGCAAACAUUGGAUGAAAAGUCACUGUCUAUUCAGCAGGAUUACGAAACGGGGACGGCAAGGUCUUCCAGCACGGUCCAAACUUCUGCGACAGCAAUGCAAGCAAGGAAACUCGCUUCGCAGGCGGGAGAACAACAGCAGCAGCAAAGAGCAUCUUCUUCUGGUCAACAAAACUUCUUAACCGUCCCCCGGUUAUCCGCGAAUGAGAAACUUUCUGCCGUGGAAAAAGCGAAGAUGCCGCCAUCCAGUGAUGGUCCUGUUGCUCGUGACUCUGCAGUAAAUCGAAAAUCAACAGAGCCGAAAGAGCAGGCGCCAGUGGCGCGAAAGAGCGCAGAGCAACAAACCCGGAAAUCGAGCAGCACCAAACCCAAAACGCCAGAGGAGGACUCUGACCUGGACAAACCCUUCGUGCCGAAAUACCGGGACGAACUGCUGAAAGACGCUGGUGCGCAAGCACAGACGCCUGCGAAAGACGCGGAUCAGCAAAGCCAAUCCGCAAGUUCCCACUCUGUUUUGUCUUUCACUGGAGGCGCUAUUGGUGCCACAGCAGAAGCAGGCACGGUUGCAGAAGUUCCUGCACCUCUAGCUGCAGUAAAGCGUAGUCAAGUCGCCGAGCCUUUGUCCCUCCGGAGUGAGUUCUUGGAGAUGCAUAUCCUGAGUAAAAAUGUACCCACACCAGAGUUGUAAUGCAGAUUUGCAAAGACAGGAAGACUUGUAAUGCGCAUCCCCAUGAGAGCCAUUGCCAGUCGUGUUUUGGAAUUUGCGAUGCUGUGAACAGGAUGAGCAGAUGAAUCUGUGACGCGGCUGCACUUGCUAACCAGCACGACACUGCGGAGUGCAAUUUGUCAUGCGUUACCCCCAAAACUCCUAGGUUUGUGUUGCAAAAUCCCCAUCCUGACUCUGGUGUGGGGACGUUUUUACUCAGGAUAAUGCACGAGCAGGUGAGGAAAUCGAGAACUUCUUCUCCGUCUCCCGCAGAGAGACAGCAGCAGAGUCGGAAUAAAAAAUCGGAAAAUAUUCAAACUCAACCGGAGAUAAAAGACGAGGAGGUGCAAACGGACGAGGAGGCUCUUACUGGUACUAGGAACAUCAACGCAAAUAACGCGGACGAGACUGAAGAGGAGGAGGAGGAUCUCUUCGCCGAGCAGCAAUACAAGAUCUACAUUGAAGAAAUUGACGUCCCCGACCACGUCGAUCUUCCGGACAAAAAGAAAAAAUCUCUGUCUUCCAAAACGGGGAAGAAAAAGCGGCGGUUUAUCCAGAUUGGCUCUGUCUCCCCCACUCUGUACACGAAUAAAAGAAUCCGGGGAGAGGAAUUGAUCGCUCUUGGGAAGGUGAAGGUGUCGGAGAAUGAGUUGAGAGAGCGCGCGAAACAAGAGGCCUUUGCGACGACAUUUCAUCAUCAUCACUUACAUGUCCGGUCUAAAACCCCGCCGCCGAAACACGGGCGGAAGGAUGAGAAGGGAUUGACAGUGAAUAAGCCGUUUUCCGCAAAUUUGACCAAACCGACCAUUUCUGCUGCGAUCAGGGAAAGGGAAAUAGAAGCGACUUCUCCUCGUGCGUCGCCCCGUGGGGGAAUAUUAAAUGGGCAGGUUUUAGACGCGCGGCAGACGACGAAGACAACUAGAAAAGCAGACCCCUUCACCCCGGUGAAACAGAUGUCGACUUUGACCAGCGAUCGGAAACUGGACAAAAGGAAACCCGUGCCGGAGAUGUGGCGGAAAAAGCCCUCGAUGACGAAAAAGCAACGCGCCCGUUCGAUGUCGCCCAAGCCGGUAGGUUUGAGUGGGAUUCAGAGACGCCCAGAUCCGGCAAAUACGACCAUUUCCCAGAUAUACAGCAAUGUACAGGAUCGGAGUGUCCCUGUGACGAAGUACCAAGGCUUCAACGGGACACAGCUGGAUUUGUCCUCCGUUAUCCGCGGUGGAGGUCGUGCGUCGAAAAACCGUGCUGAAACACCCCCGGUUUCCUGGCGGGAGGGCGGUGAGAGGUUUCGAUUGUCUUCUAGUCGAGAGCGGAAAAUAAAAGCAAGAGCUGCUUCGUCGCAGAAACCUUCCUUGAGCCCGACGCCGCCGAGGAGUAGGUCACCGAACGCCGCUGUUAGGAAAAGGUCCGCGGAGCGGACUCUACAGAAGCAAGCGAUUCUUGAUAGUGUUUCUGCUUCUUCGAAAAACAACAAGCAAACCAACCUCCGCCACCCGAUCAAACUGCACAAAACGGAGGACCAUGUGCCGACAAAUGGGAUGAAAAUGAAGAUCAACAGUAACAAAAAGGCCGACAACACCGACGUUCUGAUUCAAACCGCGGCUAUGACAAGCAAAGCAGCUCUCGAAGCGACUGGCGACUUGAUCCUCCAUGACGAGAGUGGGAACGCGACUGGGGCGGAGAAAUUUUUGUCAAAAGAACGGCAGGACGCGGUUGAUGCGGAAGUCGCACCGCCACCCCAACCAGUCGAGGAAGAAACGCCUAGAAGAAAUCGCGAUCCAGACGAGGACAGCCAAACGCUGUACUCCGACCAAGAAACCGCGGCAACAAAAUUGCAGGCAAAUUUCCGCGGGAACCAGGCGAGAAAGAAAGUCUCAAAAGAGAAGGAGGAGGAAAAAAACGCGGUUUUGAAAAUCCAGGCGAACUUCCGCGGGAAGGAAACGAGGAAAAAGGUUGAGAAGGAAAAAGAAGAAACCACAACCGCGGUUACAAAAAUUCAGGCAAAUUUCAAAGGGAAACAAGCGAGAAAAGAGGUUGAGAAGGAGAAGAAAGAGAUGACGAUUUCUGCUCUGAAAAUUCAGGCGAAUUUCAAGGGCAACCAGGUGCGGAAACAAGUUCUUUCGAAAGAUAAAACAGCAGCAGGAACUACAACUAUGCCGUCCUCUCAGACGCAGAAGAAAGAGAAGCCCGCUCCUUCUACAGAGGCCGCACCAAAGGUGGAAAUGAAAGCCACCGAGAUGGACCGUAUCGAAAUCCACGACCAGGAGACGCAAACGCCCCGACCGGCGUUUUGGCAGGAUAAUUUUGGGAAGAUGUCGGCUGCCGAUCAGAUUUAUGCCUUGCACGGUCGUUAGCAUACAGAAUGGUGAAUUUGCAGUGAAUUUGUAUUGCAUGACUUGCAUUUAAUACUAACAAAAGAGAAGGGCGCUGCGUAUUAGACACACGAGCCCAAGCAGCCCACGCAGCGUGAGGGGCUGCUCGUCGCCCGGUGGCACUUGCAGCACCGAAAGAAGUGGUCUUGCGGGGGCCCGCCGGACUGUGUAGGGCAUAUGUAACCAAAGAUGGUGAAUCGUGGGGCUCUUGUUCAUCUGCGCGUCUGCCUCAGAAGUUCCUCUCCGAAAUGGUCGAAAGGGAGGGCGACGCCUGAACACAGGGGCACUAGUUCAACAUGUAUGCUCUCACGAGUUGUGGUUGUGGCUUGGAAUUGGAUAUCUGGGAGCAGCCUCGGGUGGAAGGGGAGGCACGAUUCGGCCGCGGACGCUAGCUUGCUUCGCCUGCUGUGCUCUGCUCACAGCUCCCUACGUGUCUUUUUGCCUCCGGAGCAAGUCUUAUUCGACGUGAUCCCCAGGUCAAGAAUUCCCUUGGUGAAUUUUGGGACUUUUUGUUUUGGCGACACUUUGUUGAAGCCCCAAAACCCGGAGUUUCUCACGCGCUAGCGAAUUUUGAAAAAGAGCCGGAGGACAAAACUCACCGGCGUCCUUUUCAAAAUUCACCCCAAAAUUCACCGAGCGCCACUUUUCGACCGUGAUAAGCAAAGUUUAGCGCAGAAAAGUGCUCAAAAAAACGCACAAGUAGACCCUGGGAAGUGGGGCCGAGGGGAAAAGACAGGCGCCCGCUGUUGCCCUAGGCGCCUCUAUAUUCUGCCGAAAAGGCCUGGAGAGUUCACGCGCCUGCCGGAUAGACGCGUCAAAGCUCUCGGCCGGGUCCUUUCGCCUUUGCUUCCGCGCCUUCAUCUUGCCUAAACUGCGCUUAUGUGCUUCGCGGCUCUUGUUUUUGGCGUGUUUGCCGCGGCUGCUGCAGUGCUUGCUCUUUUGCAAGCACAGGAAGACGAAACUCACAUGGCCAAAGAAUGACGCCCAGGCCAUGUCCAGCUGCCCGCCGCAUAAGCCUGGACAACUAACUUCUGCGGUGUGCAGAACCCACUUCCCAGAAGAGCAAAAGGGACAAUGUCCCGGCAGUCUCCUCUGCUAUUUGUCAUGCAAAAUUCACUACAAACUCACCACUUCUCAUGCUAACGGGUGUUAAAGCUCUAAGAAACGCAAACGCCCCGACCGGCGUUUUGGCAGGAUAGAAUGCCGAAAAAUUUCGGGAAGAUGUCAGCCUCCGAUCAGAUGGAGUACAUCAACGCUUUAUCCCCGAGGUCUGCCGCGGAAGCGAAGAAGUCGGUAGCAGAGAAAACAGCGGAAAAAGAAAAUCUUGCCGAUUUCAUGAAGGACGAUGAACUACAAGUUUCCCACUCAGACGUUCCGGAUGAGCAUCCAGAGGUGGACGAGAACAACAGCACUGCUACUGCACCCGCACCAUCGAGACCUUCACAAACAACUUCAACCGCACCUCAGAAAAGAUUCAGCCAGGCGAGAGCAGAGAGCGCGUUGAAUCACGAGGUAGAUGAUGCGGUCGCGAAGCCGGUUUUUAUGAAGAAAAACAGUGUGCCGCUGAAGCCUUCUUCAGACGGAAACAAAGAUUCCAUACCCGUUUUGUCCCCUCGCAACCUAGACCACGAAAUCGCGGAAAUGAAACAGGAAAACGCGGAAGAUAUCGCGCGACCAAAAUCCCAUUUCCACAAACAAUCCCUCUCCUCCCCGAGGAUCGACAAGCCGCAGGAUUUGCCGAGUGACAUCGCUUCCCCACGUCUCCCGUCGACCUCAUCAAGAGCGACGAAGGACAGCACCACGAUGCUUGCCUCGCCCCGGAUCGAAAAACCGUCGGAGGCAAUUUCGAUUUCGUCUCCGAGAGAAUCCCGGGAGACGACGGGAACACAAGGACUUCUUGGCGAAAGGGAUAAGGAAAUCGCGGAGAUAAAAAUCGAAGAGGUGGACGUUGCGAGGCCGAAGGCGCACUUCCAUAGUAGUGCUGCUGCAAAGAGGCCGACCGCUAGUCCGAGGAUAACGCCGCCGAUGAUGAAUAACGUUGCGGCGGAUUUGUCCCCGCGAGCGCUUGAUAAGGAAAUCGCAGAAAUGAAAACCGAGGCCUCAGAUGAUGUCGCGAGGCCAAAAGCGCACUUCAAAGCGGGUUCCCGGCUAGCGCCACCUGCACCAGCGGCAGCUGCUGCGAUGAAGGAUUCGGUUCCGGCUUUGUCCCCGCGGAACCUAGACCACGAAAUCGCGGAGAUAAACACAGAAGAAGCAGAUAUCGCCAGGCCAAAGUCGCACUUUAGGAAACUCGGGUCCGUCGACGCGGAUACCGCACCGCAUCACGAUAUGAACGCGACGGCGACGAGGAAAUCCCGGGCGAGUGUGGGCCCAACAGACGAAGGCACAACUGAGGGGGAACGGUUGAAGACGAUGAGGUUGUCGGGAUUUUUGGACGUGGAGAACACCCCGACUCCGGAAGCGUAUCCGAAGGGGACGUGAGAUUCUUUUGAUGUGUAUUUUUCAAAGCAAAAUUUUUACCCAUUGUCGUUCCCAUUCCAGUUGUCAAUUGAGGAAUUACCCAUUAUUUCAGUAGCAUUUUUACCAUCAGUAAAAAAACGGUGCAGUUUACCGUUUACACAUGUAUUCUGAAGCACAUCCUAGUACUCACGAGCACGUACUCGCAUUUUGAGAUUUUUCUUGUCCAAAUUCUUGUGUCAUUUUUUCAUGGCGCUCUACUAGUAGUGUAGAUUACAAAGUCAAACCAAAUACGUAUCUCUCCUGUAUUUCGUAUGAGCACGCUGUUGCACAGCUCAAUUUCAACACAGUCAUAGGCUGAGCCUGAGUAGAUGAGGUAGCAACAGAUGUGAAAAUAAACUAAACUUCGAAUGUUUGUGUGGUUCUAGUUUCUGUAUCUGUAUUGCUAGUAUCCGCUGUCGUGCCGAAGCGUG